AUGUGACACUUCAGGUGUGUUUUUGAGCAUUAUAUCUUUUCUUUUUCACUCCUAAAUUAGCCAAAGAACCAUCCUUAUGAAAUGUUUGUCAAUAUUUAAAGCACAAUGCCAAUAUUCAGUCAGUUUUUCAUCCAUUGCUUACAAGUCUUUUGAUAUCAAGACUUUAAUUGUAUCACUUCAAUCAAGUGCUAAUGAAAAAAACAUCAUAGGAGGGAAACAAAUCCAUUGCCACAUGCUUAGAUGUGGCCAUUUGAAUUUAUCUCCAAUGCCUACAACUAGCCUUAUUAACAUGUACUCGAAAUGCAACUCGAUAUCCAAUGCGUUAUCGGUAUUCUAUACUUCACCACUUGUUCAUAAUGUGUUUGCUUAUAAUGCUAUAAUAGCAGGGUUAAUUGCCAAUGACUUGCCUAAAAGAGUUUUUGAAUUCUAUUUCCAAAUGAGGGUAGUUGGUGUCAUGCCUGAUAAAUUCACUUUCCCUUGUGUGCUUAAGGCUUGUAGAAAUGAAGUAGACGUGAAAAAGAUUCACGCGUUAGUUUUUAAACUUGGGUUAGAGGUUGAUUUGUUUAUCGGUAGUGCUUUGUUGCAUAGUUAUUUGAUGUAUAGGUUGGUGGAUUUUGCGUUAGAUGUCUUUGAGGAUUUACCGGAGAGGGAAGAUGUUGUGCUUUGGAAUGCCAUGAUAAAUGGCUAUGCUCUAACAGGUGAGUUUGGUAUUUCUUUGAUGGUUUUUAGGUGGAUGAUUGAGGAUGGGGUUGUUCCGAACAAGUUUAGCAUAACGGGCGUACUUUCAGCUCUGGCAAAUUAUGGGGAAUUUUAUAAUGGAAAGGUGAUACAUGGGUUUGUGAUAAAAAUGGGAUUUGAUUUGGGAGUUGCGAUUUCAAAUGCAUUAAUAGACAUGUAUGGUAAAUGUUGUUCUGUUGCUGAUGCUUUUGAGGUUUUCGAGAUGAUGGAUGUUAAGGAUAUAUUUUCAUGGAACUCAAUGAUUUGUGUGCAUGAACAAUGUGGUGAUCACGAGGGAACAUUGAGGCUUUUUAAAAGGAUGUUGUCCACUGGAGUACGUCCUGAUUUGGUGACUGUCACCACUACACUUCCUGCUUGUGCUCAUUUAGCAGCAUUGAGGCAUGGUAGAGAGAUGCAUGCAUACAUGAUAGUUAAUGGUCUGAGGAAAGAUGCUGCUGACAAAGAAUACAAUGAUACUUACAUUGACAAUGCGAUUUUGGACAUGUAUGCAAAAUGUGGAAACAUGCGUGAAGCUCAUCUGAUCUUUGAUAUAAUGAAUUUCAAAGAUGUGGCAUCGUGGAAUAUUAUGAUUAAGGGGUAUGGCAUGCAUGGAUUUGGCGUCAAGGCGUUAGAAUUGUUUUCUGAUAUGUGUAAGGCAAAAUUGAGGCCUGAUGAUGUCACAUUUGUUGGGGUUUUGUCAGCUUGCAGCCAUUCAGGUCUUGUAAAACAGGGGAGAGAAUUUCUUGCACAAAUGCAGCCGAAGUAUGGUGUUGUGCCUUCUAUUGAACAUUACACCUCUGUGAUUGACAUGCUAGGUCGUGCUGGGCAGCUUGAAGCUGCUUAUCAGUUGUUAUUAACAAUGCCCAUUAAGGCCAAUUCUGUAGUAUGGAGGGCAUUCUUGGCUGCCUGUCGUCUCCAUGGUAAUUCCGAUCUAGCUGAGGUUGCUGCAAAUCAGGUACUUGAUCUUGAACCAGAGCAUUGUGGAAGUUAUGUCAUAUUAUCAAAUGUUUAUGGACAGACUGGUCGCUAUGAAGAGGUAUUAGAGGUACGAGAUGCAAUGAAGCUACAAAAUGUAAGGAAGACACCUGGUUGCAGUUGGAUUGAACUUCAUAAUGGUGUCCAUGUCUUUAUCACUGCUGAUAAGUCACAUCCCGAAGGAAACCUUAUUUAUGCUGGAUUGAAUUCUUUAACUGCUCGAUUGCGUGAGCAUGGUUAUACACCUGAAUCUGAUGCCUUGGAAAGCAGUCCAUGAUAUUCCAGACUUAUUCUCCGUCGUCCUGGAUGAAUAUUCCUGAAGGACUGGUUGAAAUGUAUAUGCUGAUGCUGUGAAAACUUGCAGAUAGACUUUCCAUUGAAAAAUGAAAAGUGUGCUUUUCAAUUUUGGAGCAAAAGUUACAGUAUUUUCAUUUUUUUCGAUAUACGAGUCCCAUGUGCACUCUAGAUUUUCAUCUGGAUCUUGCAACUGGAAGCUUGUUGGUGCCCGCCAUUUUGCAGCAUCUGCUAUAACCAGGGGGAUAUUUAAUGCAACUAAGGACUAUGCUUCUCCUUUUGAUGGAGAUGGUCAUGGAACGGGGACCAGGUAGAAGAAUUCCAACCUCUUUGUGAAGUUUAGAGUGACAAGGCAACGAUUGAAGUCACAAGUCGUUACAAAGGAAAAAUUUCUCAAAUUCUUCAUGUUCCUGCUAACAUCAUCAAGGCGCAACACCAUAUUUGUAGUGUAUUGGGCGUGUAUUGACCACAUUGGAAUUCUUCUGGUAUUUAAUCUUUGUCUUGAGGAUUUAUUUGCUUGACUGCACUUUAAUGAUGACAUCAGCAAGUAGUUAGAAAUACAAUAUGACAUCUUGAAGUGGGAAAUUCACGAUCAAAUUCCGUUUAUUCUACUCUCAAAGAGGAAAAAAGCAAUUUUCAUCCCGUUCAAAGAUACCUUCAAAUUUAUGAGAAAAGGACACGAAGAAUAGACUCACUUUUCAAAAGAUCAGGCCAUAUGGAAAACUAGCUUUUGCCUGGUGUGUUUGGAACUAUAUUUGUAGGAAAAAUUGAGCAAUCAUGUUGUUCACAUGAAGAAACCAGAGCUUGGCUAGUUUAUUUAUAUACGGAGUACAUGUUAUGAGGUUCGUGCCCAGACCAAUUUGCGCGUAUCUAGACUAUUUCACCAGUACCUGCUAUCUCCAGGCUCCAACCACCACAGAUAACAAAAGAACUGUCACCGUUACUGAAAUUCGCUAAGAUAAAUAAGCUUAGUCCUGAUGAUAUAUCAGGGGAACUAUUACUCUUAAGCAAUAUUGGAGGAAUUGGUGGAAAGUUUGGUUCCCCGCUUAUAUAUUCACCUGAAUUUGCCAUCAUAGGAAUGGGCCAGAUCCAGAAAAUUCCGCACUUUGCUGAAGAUGGGAAUGUAUAUCCUACAUCAGUCAUGAUGGCAUGUAGUAAUUUAAAGAUCUUCGUGAGGGACCCUUCUCACAUUGUUAUAAUCAGCUGCCUGUGCAAUGCAUCAAAACCAGGGCGCGUCCAUGAAAGAUGUUUCAGUAUCUCAUAUAGAACAGUGUUGUUCUUUUCAGAUAAAUAUAGGUGCAGAUUAUAGAGUUCUUGCUGGAGAACUGUUGCAAAGGUUCUACAAUGAAUGGAAAAAAUUUAUGGAAAUGCCGGACUUCUUUUGUUGUGUACAAGAUAAAUUCUCGUAUCCGAAAGUCCCAAGUUCGAAUCCCAGCAGAGACAAAAAACACUAUGUGAUUCCUUCCCAUCUGUCCUAGUC